AAAUUCCCACCCGAGUUGCAGAUCGCUCCGCCGGAUCCAGCCGCGGGCCGGUUGAUGUUGCGGCGUGCGCGAUUAAAUGUUGCUGGGCGACGAGGCUUGGGUCCUUGAGCUGUGCGGCUUCCCGGCUUCGCCUCUGCCUUGGAUACCCAGAGACGUCUCAGAGAAGGAGUUGAAUGGCCUUGAGUGUCGGCAGAAAUGGAGUGCAGGUGAAUGGGCCUGUGCGGCUCUCCCUCUACCACCCAAAGCAUCAGAAACUCCAGCCUGCAAGAGGCUCGCAUCCUCAGCAUCAUGAUGAAGGCAUGAAAAAAGACGGAGUAGCCGAUUCCUUUUGGUCCAGGCCUGAGUCUCGGAUAUGGACCUUGAUGCUGCUACUUGGAACCUGCUUGCUGUACUGCGCACGGGUGACAAUGCCCAUCUGUGUAGUUGCCAUGAGUGCUCACUUUGACUGGGACAAGAAACAGUCUGGCAUUGUGCUGAGUAGCUUUUUCUGGGGCUAUUGCUUAACGCAAAUUCUUGGAGGGCACCUGAGUGACCGGAUAGGAGGAGAGAAAGUCCUGCUCUUCUCCGCAUCUGCCUGGGGGUCCAUCACUGCCAUCUCCCCUCUGCUCAUCUAUCCUGGGUCUGCUCACCUGGUUCUCAUGACCAUCUCCCGGUUCCUAAUGGGGCUCUUGCAAGGGGUUCACUUUCCUGCCCUGGCCAGCCUGCUUUCGCGGAAGGUGCGGGAGAGUGAAAGAGCAUUCACGUAUAGCACCAUUGGAACAGGGUCUCAGUUUGGGACACUGGUGAUGGGGGCCGCCGGGUCUCUCCUCCUCGACUGGUACGGCUGGGAAAGCGUCUUCUACUUCUCAGGCGUGCUGACGUUGCUGUGGGUCUACUGCAUGUACAAAUACCUCCUGAAUGAGAAAGAAAUCAUCCCCCCAUUAGAAGACUUAAUGCAGUGCCUCUCCUUAUCCAAACAGACCAAAGUGCCUUGGAAACAAAUAUUUAGAAAGGCUCCAGUAUGGGCCGUGAUCGUGGCUCAGCUGUGUGCAGCCAGCACCUUUUUUACCCUGCUUUCCUGGCUCCCGACUUUCUUCACAGAAACAUUUCCCGAUUCAAAAGGGUGGAUAUUUAAUGUUGUUCCAUGGCUGGUGGCGAUCCCAAUGAGCUUAUUUGGCGGAUUCCUUUCUGACCGAUGCAUCGAUCAUGGGUAUAAAGCAAUCACUAUUCGUAAGUUUAUGCAGGUUGUUGGCUCAGGUGUCUCCAGUGUUUUUGCCUUGGGUAUCGGCUAUUCCUCCAGUUUUUGCCAAGCGGUUGUGCUUGCGUCGGCCUGCAUCGGAUUCCAGACCUUCAACCACAGUGGCAUCUCCGUCAAUAUACAGGACUUGGCUCCAUCAUGUGCUGGCUUGCUCUUCGGUGUGGCGAAUACAGGUGGAGCUUUAUCAGGCGUUGUGUGCGUGUACUUGGCUGGACACCUCAUCGAAAGUACCGGUUCGUGGGUGCCUGUUUUCAAGCUCGUGGCUGUGGUGAAUGCCCUUGGGCUCGGCACAUUCCUGAUCUUUGGCAAAGCAAAAAGAGUGGACGUGGACUCAGAGUACGUAGACCUCUAGGUCAGUCUCCGGCUCACAUCAGACAAGUCCCCAAAAGGGACGAUGUUCUUGACGUUUCAAAGAAACACCCCAACGCUUACGCCAGCAGAGCUGGCUCCUUGGUACCUUAUUUGGAAGCAGGAAUAGCCUGCCGACGGAGGACAGACCCAACUGUAAGAAAUAAGGCGGCUUGGGUGACCUGCCCUCACACUCAUGCAAGGACUGAUACAGCAGACGCACCAGCAUUUAGAAAGAGCAGAUCCACAGAGGCCCCCUGGGAGACUUCGGGAGCCAGGAGAGCAUCGAAGCCCCAUGCUUCCCUCCACGCCUGCCGGGCAAGAUAGCCUGAUGAGCCUUCACCAGCCUGCCUGGGUCUUAUUGGAGGAAGCCGCCUCUUCCCAGCCAAAAUCAAAGCUCACAUGCAAGAUGGUUUGGAAUUAAGCAAGCGAAGUGCACCCUGCGCUGUGAGAACUGAAGGAAAACCCCUCUCCUCAGCGCGCUCCUUUCCAAAAUCUCCAGGACUGUGGUUUUCUGUCUUUCACCAGUGCUUAAAUUCACAGAGUGGUAAAAGAGCCACUCGCGGCCUUUCACCCACCCUCUCGUGCCUUAGCCAUUGUUGGAACGAGGAAGAGCGAGACAUACAAAAGAAGUCAUUUGAAAGAUAAGCUUUCUCAGGAUAAAGGCCUCUCUCUCUGUUACAGGAGCCAGGAGAGGGAGGCAUUCUAUUGACUGCCUGGAGAUGCACUUAAAUAGCCUUGAUUUUGAAGCUGAGGCUGAAGUCCUUGUGACUGCUCCCUUUGAAUGUUCCAGGAUCCAGCAGAGGAGGCACCUUUGAGUGCUCAGGGAGGGACAGAUCCAAACCAAGUCUUAAUGAAAAAUUUGCAGACACUCCAAGCCUAGCUGUGCCCCUUUCCCAUGGUAGCACCUGGUGUAACGCUGUGCCUUGCAUCCCACCAGCUCAGCUUUCCCCGGUCUUUACCCCGACAAUCAGCGACGUGGAGUGGGAGUGGAGGAACAAAACCUCAGGGUUUUCUGGGCACAGAGAUGUUGCUCUAGAGCUUAGACCAGAAGAGCAACUGCCAAAAGUUCAUUCUCAAGUUCCAUUUGACCUAAAGUGUGUUCCCAUGUUGAACUCAUUGAAUGUUUCUUUGCACUGAUCCCAGUGGCAGCCACUGAGUUAAUGCACCUCGUUUGCUCCCUGUCUGUAACUGUGACAUUUUUGUUGACAAAUUCGGUGUUUGGAUGCACGCGGUUCAUACUGGGUGUGUCUUUUAGGGUAGCUCUUUUUGGAUUUUGGCCUUUAAAAAGAGAAGAGCAAAAAAGACAACCGGCAGCCAGCUCCUUGCUGAGCCUUGUCUGUCAGAUAAUAAAGAUGACAAAAUGA